AAUUUCUCCCAAAGUGCCGGCCACUAAAAAGGCAGCCAAUCAUCGGCGGAAGAGACUCGAAGAAUAAGAACAAGAAAAAAAAGCGUUAGCGGGAUCCUCGGAGGUGUGACCUGAGAUCACGAAACAAACAAUCUCCUACUCGACCAUUCAUCACACCAUGUGGAGAAGAAUCGUCACCUCUCAUCUCAAAACCCUAGCCGCCGAUGUCGCCGCUGCUUCUCCUCGUCGAUCCAUAACCACCACUACCGCGAGACAACACGUUGGCUUCCAUCACGCCGCCAAUCCCGCUUCUUCUUCCGUCAUCCCUCGCUGUUUCAGCUCUGAAUCAGUAGAGACAAUAGCGAAGAAGAAGGUGGAGGAUGUUAUGCCCAUUGCAACUGGACACGAGAAGGAGGAGCUUCUAGCUGAACUUGAGGGGAAGAGGCUGCUUGACAUUGACUUCCCAGAAGGUCCUUUUGGGACUAAGGAAGCUCCUGCUAUAGUAAAGUCCUACUAUGACAAGCGAAUUGUGGGAUGCCCUGGUGGUGAAGGCGAGGAUGAACACGAUGUUGUGUGGUUCUGGCUGGAGAAAGGGAAGUCUUUUGAAUGCCCGGUCUGCACUCAGUACUUUGAGCUAGAAGUGGUUGGUCCAGGUGGGCCUCCCGAUGGUCACGGUGAUGAAGAAAAUGAGCAUCACCACUGAUUCCACAGCUUCUCACUUAGCCGCGUGUUUUACUUUCUGUUUCAUAUAUUUUUACAAUUUUUUACUGGAAUAAAAAAAUUCCACCGUUGGUGAAAAAUGUUUUUGAUCGUUUUAGAACAACACUUAAUGCAACGACUCCUUUGAGAACAA